AUGCCGGCCAAAAUGCAGCUCCUUAUCAGAUGUAACGGGAGGAUUUUCCUGGCUAUUUGUUUAAUCCUCUUUGUGGGAUCCACAGCACAAGGUGCUCCAGUGCAGAAGGCAAGGUACAAGAGAGUGAGGUGCCGGCCCGACGCCUGGUCUGCUAACUGCAUCGAAGAGCAGGGUCCCUGGUUUUACAUGCCCACUGGUGGAGCCAACAGGAUCCUUCCUCCCACGGCAGACCUGUCCCUGAUGAAGCGGCACCAGGAGCUGGGCGACAUAUUCCCGCUCUCAGACGACGAGUCCGGCUCAGGGCCCAACCCUGCAGGAGAAGCAGAGGCAGCCUCCGGCUCAGGGCUCGGCGACGGCUUCCCCGAGGGGAACAACCUGCCUGUGCUCCCAGCGGGGCUGCGGGGCAGCUGGCUGAAGCGGCAGCUCACGGAGGAGGAUUUGCUGCUGUAG